UAUAGUAGAUAUCUUAAUAUUGUUUCAUCAAUUUGAAUUUAUGUAGAGUUAUUAUAAUGAUUAUGUAAUGAUUAAACAAUUAAGAUAACAUACUGACUAAAUAUAAUUGAUUGAUAAACCAAGCAGCGUGUAUCAGAGAAUUAAUAAUUUUUAACAGUCACGAAAAGUUAAGAAAAAUUAGUGAUUCAUACCAAUUCAUUCACUGAAUAGUGUUAAGUGUUAGUGUUAAAAAAUGAAUUUACAUUUAAAUUUAAUUGCAGCAACAUGUGAAGGAAUGGGUAUUGGUGUAAAAGGAACGUUACCAUGGAAACUUAAUAUAGAAGUGAAUUGGCAUUUUUUACAUCUAUGACUACGAAUACGAAAAAUGCAAACAAAAAAAAUGUUGUAUUGAUGGGACGUAGAACAUGGGAAUCUAUUCCAAAAGAAUAUAGGCCUUUGAAAAAUCGAAUAAACAUUGUUUUAACGUCACAAUCUUUGGAUUAUGGAAAUGAUGUGAUUGUAUGUAAAAGUAUUCCACAUGCUUUUGAAGUUAUUGAAAAAAUCAAAGAUCGAAUUGAAAAUAUAUGGGUAACGGGAGGAAGUUCCGUAUACAAGGCAGCAAUGGAAUCUCCAAAUUUUUAUCGAUUAUAUUUGACAAGAAUAAAAAAAUAUUUUGAGUGCGAUACAUUUUUCCCAACUAUCCCUAAUAAUUUUGUUUUAACAGAAGAUCCAAACAUACCACAAGGAAUUCAAGAAGAAAAUAAUAUACAAUUCGUAUAUGAAGUAUAUAAAAAAGAAUAGAUUUUUAAUUUGGUUUCAAAAUAAUAUUUUUCGAAUAUUAUAACAUUUAUAAUUUUAUAAUAAAACUAAUUAAUUAUAAGCAAUAUUUUCCUCAAUACUUUAUUAUUGACAAAAGAUAUUUCUUAAAAUUUAUAACUGCGUAUAGAAUUGUAUUAAAUGAAAUGGAAUUUUUUAACCUGGGGGCCAGUGCAUUUGGCGACCACCAAGAACAUGUAUAUGCAAAUGAUAUACCGAUUGUGCACCAUGUUUACCAUCGUUGAUAA